AAGCCUACUUUUCAAAUGCUUCUUUCUCCCCCUAAACACGUCUCCAGGCCAAUUUGUUCAAUGGGAACUCGCCAUCGCUAACCGAUCCCCACGCCACUUGUCCGAUUUUCGUCUAUUUCUCUAAAACUUAUUGGCUGCCUAUAUGCUUUUAGUAAUGGCUGCAACUCACACAAACCCAAGUCAACCUGUAGAACUCUAGAAAUGCCCUUCUUUCACUCACAAGAACCUCCUAUUUAGAUCUCAUAUUUAUAAAACCAUAACAACGGUUAUGUAAAUCCUAAUUACACAUGACCAAUUUGUUUAUUUUGUGCUUUUGUUGAUCAGGCCCCUUCAGUGAGUGAUUUCGGGCGCCCAAAAACUAUCAUAAAUUUUUUUCUUUCAUGAGCACUAAUUUGGAUUGUGAAUAUAAUUACUUGUAACUUAUUUUUUUAACUUCAUCGAAUAUUUGUAUUUACAUUCCUUGAAGAUAGCAGGUGUCUAUACUGUUCCUUUGUUUGAGCACACUUGAUCAGAUACAAACAAAAGAUAUAAUGGCUUUUAGUUUUGCCGAUGAUUCUUUGCUUAACAGCAAGUUUUUUGAAGGUGAUAUCUCCUCCAGCAAUAACGUUAACCAAAGUGACGAUAUCCUUGAUGAGUUUCUCGAUCAACGAGUCUAUGAUAAUGUGGGCCUUUCCCCUGAUAAGCUGGAGUUUUUUGAGUUUUAUGAAAACUCCCCAAGCGUGAUUGCUGUUCAUCAAGGUCAGGGAACAGUUUCUAACCACAAUUAUAACGAAAGUUUAAGUCCUAUGAAUGAGGGAGAUGGUGGUGAAGUGCACUCGGUGCUAAGCAAUGUUUCCAGCCAUGUCAAUGUUGAACAUUUAAACCAUUUGUCCGAGACUAACUCGACCCCCAAUCUUAAUUCCCACACUAACAAUAAUAAUAACAGCUUCUUUGACCUGCUAAACCCCAGUCCGUCAAUGUCCACCGGCCUCUCCUCAGAUAAUGGAGAUAUGAGCCAGUAUGAAUUAUUACGUAACCAAGUUUCCAAGUUGAAGUUUGGUAAGUACGAGAUGAAAGUUACACCCGACUCCAUUGAACCCACAGUAGAUUUAUUGGACUUUUCACCAGAAGCCAUGUCUAAGCUCCCAUACUCAUUGUCCUUAUUGGGCUUACCUGAUUAUUCAAGAGUAGAAACGCAGAUCAAAAUCAAUUUCAACAUGAAUCCUCCUCCCCCACAAAACCUUUUACACAUUCCACAAGAUUUAGUGUCAAAGAAUAAGUUUUGUCUUUCUGAUGAAUUGUCUUCAUUGAGUCCUAUCAUAUUAAAGAAUUUGUUGUACCUUGAUUGUUUCGUAUUGACAUCUGAUAUGACCAAGUCCUGUAAUGUGUGUCCAAAGUGUAUCAAGAGAGAACAAAAGAGAGCUUCAAGAAGAAGAUUAGGUAUUGACGAUGCCCCAGAGUUACCUCGGAUCUCUCCACAUGGUAUUGUGAAGAACAAUCCUAGUGCAUGGUUGGAUGAUAAAAUGCUUAAGAAGGCUAUCAUGUUCAACUGUAAAGAAAUCGUAUCUUUCCCUGCUCCAAAUUCUUUGAACAACAACAAAGCUCUAGAGUUGAGCGCAAGAAUAAUCUGUUACUGCAGGCAUCAUCAAGAAAGUGAAGGUUUUAAGUUGUUGUUUGUGGUUAGAAAUUAUGAAGGUGAUGUUCUCGCUAAGCUGGUGAGUUCUAAUAUCAUGAUUAUGGAUAGAAAGAAACCUAUGUCAGGUGGCAUAAGUCAUCGUUCUUCUUCAAGCAUAACUGGAUAUGCCAAUGAAUCUAGUUCUUCUUUUACAAAGCCCUUGACUCAAAAGAAUCCGACUUCUCCUGGUAUCAAGAGUGAACCUCGUACUGAUGAAGAUUUGAAACACCCAAUAUCUCCAAACUCAAUUGAUGAAUCCUCAGAUCUAACCACUAAUGAAUCCGAAAGGAACUUGAAACGUAAGAAAUUAUCCAUUGAUGAUUCUAAUAACUCCACCAAUCCUAUGUACAACGGAUCCGUUAAUGGAUUCAGCCCUGUUUCCAAUAGUGACACAAAUACCUCCAUCAAUAAUCACCAAUUGAACAAGAAUGUUUACCAAAGAACUCCCUCCAGAAUUCCAGACAACAUAAAUUCCAACCUUACAACCUUACCCACCAUCUUGAGAAUAAUUCCUGCAGAGGGUCCAAUAAGAGGAGGAAUUGAAGUCACCUUGUUAGGAUUCAAUUUCAACUCCAAUUUGGGUGUGAAAUUCGGUGCUAACCUGGCUUUGGCUACCCAUUGUUGGUCUGAAACAACUAUUGUUACUUAUUUACCUCCGGCAGCGCAACCAGGGCAAGUGUUAGUCUCAUUUGAAAACCAUGAAAACUUGUUGACUAAUCAACAACAACAAAUAUUCACUUACACAGAUGACACAGACAAACAAUUAAUUGAGCUUGCGUUGCAGAUUGUUGGGCUCAAAAUGAACGGUAAAUUGGAAGACGCCAAAAAUAUUGCAAAGAGAAUUGUUGGAAAUGAUAACUCUAAUAAUAUUAGCAGCUCGAACAGCAAUGUCAACUCUGCUGGUAUUAGUCCUAGUGUCACGAAUAAUUCUGGCGCUCUUGAGUGGUACAACAAUGCUCAAGGUAUUGUGGAGAAGCUUACCCAAAUGAACUACUCAACAGAAGAGAUUCUAGUCAACUUUUUGAAGUUGGUCGAAUUGCCCAAUUGUCCUAUCAUCAUACCUAAUUGGCAAUUGGCUAAUAACGAAGGUCAAACCUUAUUGCAUUUGUCAACUCUCAAGAAUUAUACAAUGUUGGUCAAAUUCUUGACCAAUCAUGGCUGUAAGAUUGACUUGCAAGAUAAUCAAGGGUUGACGCCUUUGUUCUAUGCUAGUAUCAAUGGUCAAAGAGAAUUAAUAGACUUAUUCAUCAACUGCAAGGCUAAUCCUCACUUGAGAUUAUCUAAUGAUAAGACUAUCAAGGAUUAUUGUGAUUUGAACGUCAUGGAUAUGUUCUCAGAUAUUGAGAACGGUAUGGAAGAUGGAAGUAGUAUAAAUGAGGGGUUACAGAAGUCUUACAGCAUGGACUCAUUGAACUCAAUGUUUGAGAUGAAAGGAUUACAUGUCAGCAAAAUGGUGCCUGAAAGAUUAGAAGAUGACUCGGAGUUUGCUGAUUCGGAAUACAGUGGUGAUUGCGAUGUUAGUGAUUACAAUGAUGAUGUUAGUAAUUACGAUGAUGAUAUCAGUGAAGUCAAUGAUGAUUUGGGCAUUCAAGCUAGUAAUUCCAACAUACCCACAAUUUCUUACAUCGUGGAACUGGAGAGCGAGGACGCCAAAACUAUAAAAGACGGCACUUCUGAAGGUAAUGAUACAGACAGACCACCAAGUCCUGAACCUUCUUCUGGUGCUGGUGGUAUUUGGCAGAAGGUCAAGAAUGUAUUCAACAAUUCUGAUGAUGACUUGCCAAAUUACGACGACUUAUUCCCUUUCGGCCCAUCAGUUGGUCCUUUCAGACCAAAGUCCACUAUUGAAAGACUAUUAAACAAUCAACAAGACAAGGAGAUAGAAGUGCAACAGGAAUCAUCCCUGACUUCCAUCAAAGAAGCUGAAAUUGAAACUAAAGAGGACUUGUCUGACUCUUCAGAAGAUAUGAUAAUAUCUUACAUCAAUCAUCCAAGGAAAACGGUAGAGAAUGAUAAGAUGUUGAUAUUUUUCUGGGUUCCAGUAUUGUUGAUAAUUGUGUCAUUGUUUAUUUCGGUUUCUGUUAUUGGUUACGAAUUUGAACCAAUUGACAACUUUAAGCAACUCAUCAGGGAAGGUUUAGGAAAUUUAAUGGUUGGUAAUGAGAGAAUUAAAAGAGUAUUUAGUGAUAGUGUGAGGAGGUAAUUCUUCGCAGUAUAUAAUUUAAUGAAAUAUUUUCUUUUA